GCGAUUUCAACACACUAUCCAGUAAAUAAAAAGUAAAGUAAAUAAAAUUUACCGCUGGUUAACGCGUAAAAUGCAAUAAUUUCCCUGUUGAACAGUGAAAAUCAUUGAUAAUGGAGACGGAUCUACAUCGUGCUCUUCAAGAGAAGUUUCAUUAUGUCUAUAGUUCGUCGCUCAAGCAGAAAAUACAAAUUAAAAUAGGAACACUCGAAGGUAAACAGAACAAGCCCGAGUAUGAUAAACUCCUAGAAGAUCCUAUGCUUAAAUAUUCCGGGAUAUAUCAAGAUAAAUGCGCUGAUUUAAUGGUAAUAUGUCAAGUUUACGACCAGAAUGAGCCAUUGGCAUUACCUAUUAGUACAUCGUACAAAAGUUUCACAAACAGAUGGAAUUGGAAUGAAUGGAUGACCUUGCCAAUUGAAUACAAAGACUUACCAAGAUCUGCACUACUUGCAAUGACUAUCUACGAUUGUGGAGGAUUAAACAAGAUGACACCAAUUGGCGGCACAACAAUUUCACUGUUUAGUAAAUACGGCGUGUUUCGUCAAGGGAUGUUGGAUCUGCGUGUGUGGCCGAAUCGCGUGGCAGAUGGAACUGUUCCAACUACAACUCCAGGGAAAACAAAGGAUAAUGGAAAGGAACAGAUGCAAAGGUUGGCGAAGUUGGCAAAAAAACAUCGGAAUGGUAUUAUGACCAAAGUUGAUUGGUUAGAUAGACUGGCAUUCAGGGAGUUAGAAAAGAUCCACGACAACGAAAAACGUUCCUCUGAUUAUAUGUACUUAAUGAUUGAGUUCCCAACGCUUGUUAUCGAUAAAACAAUACAUUAUAUUGUUUAUUUCGAGCAGGAUGGCGAAGAAGUUUAUCAAUUCCGCGUACAACCUGAUAUUGUAACAGUUCCGGAUCAUGAAAUUUUAAAAGAUAAUCUCGUUGAGAAUAAACAUCAUAAACUAGCGCGUUCCGUCCGCAGUGGCAUAUCCGACAAAGACGCGAAACCAAACGCACAAAUCCGCGACAUCUUGAACACAAUAGUAUCCUAUCCACCAACAAAACAACUCUCAAAUGAAGAACAAGAUCACGUCUGGAAGUUCCGUUUCUAUCUGAGUAAUCAAAAGAAAGCGCUGACAAAAUUCCUCAAAUGUGUCAACUGGGAUCAACCGAGUGAAGUACGCCAAGCACUAUCCAUGCUUGAAAACUGGGCACCGAUGGAUGUUGAAGACGCAUUGGAACUUCUAAGUCCUAAUUUUACACAUCCGGAAGUGCGUCAAUAUGCAAUCGGAAGAUUACAACAAGCUCCCGAUGAGGAUCUCAUGUUGUAUCUGUUACAACUCGUCCAAGCAUUGAAAUACGAAGAUUUCACCACGAUUAAAGAAGCGUAUGUCAAGGUAUCUCCUAAUAAAUUAAUACCCCAGGUGAAUAUUGAAAAGGAAUUGUGUGAACAAGGCGAAUUGAGUCGUUCGAUGAGUUACCAACAGAGUUCCAUAAUGAUUAAAGAUGAGAGUAUGAUCACAAGUGGAGUAUCUGUAGAAGCUGAAGCAAUGCAGAGGGCGAUAACUAUGCCAGAGAAUCUCUUGAAUGUGAAUACAGAUAGUGCGAAUACUGAUACAUUGCAAAGUGAGUUGAAAGAAGAGGAAGCGCAGGAUUUGGCGUCGUUUUUAAUCAAACGCGCUUGUAGAAAUUCAGACCUCACGAAUUACUUCUACUGGUAUUUGUUGAUUGAAUGUGAAGGUGAGGAACACACCAUGAAGCAGGAUGUGGUUAUACGUGACAUGUACGAUACAGUAUUGAAGACAUUCCUGAAGACGUUGAGUAAAGGCCCGCCGGAGAUGCAGAAACGACAUGAUUUUCUCGAUCGCCAGCAGAAAUUCGUCAAUAAACUGGUGCAAAUCAUCAAAUCAGUAUCGUGUGAGACCGGCACACGUAAGAAAAAAAGUGAUAAACUUCAACAACUUCUUAAAGAAAACGAUCUGAAGUUUAAUUUCACAAAAUUCGAGGCGAUUCCAUUCCCGUUGGAUUCCAACGUUCAGAUUAAGGCUGUCAUACCAGAAAAGGCGAGUUUAUUCAAAUCUUCAUUAAUGCCUUCGAAGUUACACUUUGUCACCAGUCAGGAUACGGAAUACGUGGCCAUUUUUAAAAAUGGCGAUGAUUUGCGUCAGGAUCAACUCAUUCUGCAGAUGAUCACGUUGAUGGAUAAAUUAUUACGACGAGAGAAACUGGAUUUGAAAUUAACUCCGUAUAGAGUGCUUGCAAUGAGUACCAAACAUGGUUUAGUACAGUUUAUUGAUUCGAUACCAGUUGCUGAGGUUUUAACUAAUGAGGGAACAAUCCAGAACUUCUUCCGGAAGAAUCAUCCAUCCGAAACAGGCCCCUAUGGUAUUUCUCCUGAAAUAAUGGAUACCUAUGUGCGUUCAUGCGCUGGGUAUUGUAUCAUAACCUAUUUGUUAGGCGUGGGUGACCGCCAUCUUGAUAAUUUACUCCUAACCACAAACGGUAAACUGUUUCACAUUGAUUUCGGUUAUAUUCUCGGACGUGAUCCGAAACCUUAUCCACCUCCGAUGAAACUCAGCAAGGAAAUGGUCGAGGGUAUGGGCGGGAUGAACUCUGAUCAUUAUCAAGAGUUCCGAAAACAAUGCUACACAGCAUUUCUUGCAUUAAGACGCCAUGCGAAUUUAAUCGUGAAUUUAUUUUCAUUGAUGGUGGAUGCAAGCGUGCCUGACAUCGCUUUGGAACCUGAUAAAGCUGUGCAGAAGGUACAGGAUAAACUAAUGUUGGAUUUGAAUGAUGAGGCGGCCGUUAGACAACUACAGAAGUUGAUCGAUGAUUCCGUCACAGCCUAUUUCGCGCAUUUUGUUGAACAUGUGCAUAAAUUCGUGCAAUACUGGAGGAAAUAAGAUAUCAUGCCGGUGUAGAAAAAGUCACUCACCGCGAUGUAAGCAGCAUCACGUUCAAUGAGAUCCGCCAAUUUGAAAAGAAGACGGCCUCGUUGCGUGGCGUCGGUGGUACGCCAUGGGGACCCUAACUUGAAUGCCUGCGCGGCGGCGGCGACUGCCGCUUCCACAUCGGCCUUACCGCCCUUUUCCACGCGAGUGAUCGCUUUGCCUGUUGCUGGAUUGAUCGUCUCGAAAGUGUCGCCGCUUUUUGACUUGUGCCAUUCGUUAUUGAUGAAAACCUGUUAUCGUAGAAUUGAGUUAACAACAUGGUUGUUGAGGUAGUUAUUUUUAGACUUUAAUUGAUUCGAAAUUAUAAAUACUUACGCCAGUGUAGAGAAUCUCUGGGUUUGGUUUGGGUUGAGGUAACGCCGGUGCGGAAUAACAGCGUUUGCCCACAGUGCUGAUUUUUCUAAUCGCACGCAACAUUUUCACUUUUGAUUAGUUUUUUUAUUCUUAACGGCAAGUAGAGUUGUUAUUGGACAGAUGUUGGCUCGUCAGCGACUUGGAGCGAUAUGAAUUUUAAUUGCGUGUACGAGUGGAGUCGAUGUGCGUUGAACGACGAGUAAACUGAGAAAACGAAGCACGUUUUGGCACUGACACAACCAACUGACGCGUUUCGGCGCACUUCAAGGAGAACGCGAGUGAGGAUUAAAAAUAUUCCACCGGCAACUCGUAGUUCUGCAAGAAAUACUUAUUACGUAUGUAUUCUGUACGUUUAGUGUCUUCUUGUUUGUAUUCACAUGUAAACAAACACCGGUAAAGUUCAAUAUUCUACUCACAUGUGUGUGAGAUUAUCCAAUAAGGCAAGGAUAGGGAUAUAGAUUUAGUAUGUGUAAGAAUAAGAUGCGAUUAUCUGAGAUUAUGAUGUUUAAUGCCGCGGAUUAGUGUCGCGAUAUUGCAGGCGCUUUGAAGGUCAUGUAGUUUUUGCGCUGCGUCCGUAGUUUUGCUUUUGCAGUAUACAUUUCAUGCAUUGUGUUGCGCUAUUGAAUACAUAGGAAUUUUAACAGUGUUUUUAUGCAUUGUGUUAUGAUUACCUUGCAAAUUGUGUGUUGUGUUUAAAAUUUUGUGCUAUUUUUAGCGUAUUUCACUUCAUUUUGAUAAAUAAAUGGUAAAAUAUGUUUAAAUUUGCAGGUGAUUAUUAGUAAAUGAUAUUGUAUUAUGUAUUGCUUGUGUUUUAUGUUUUUAUUGUACUGUGUUAUGCUUUUUUUUAAAUAAAAUUCAUUAUCACUAA